UCGCAUUAGCAUGUUAGACAAUUCCAAUGAUACAAGGUUAUUUUACCAGGUCGAAUUUUUGCAUGAUUGCCUAGAUGAUUAUCUCGAUCAGGUGCUCGCACUAUUAGGUCAGGAAUGGCCCAAAUUCAAUAGGAAAACAAGGCUCGAAAGCUUGAAAAAAUCGAACAACAAUUUUCCGAUCAACCUUAUUCUUGUUAAUGAGCAUAAGCAAUGCGUUGCUCAUUGUCGUAUGUCCAGAGUGGAUAGUGAGCUAGAAGGUGUUUUAGUUGAAUCAGUUAUUGUAGAUAAAAAUUAUAGGGGUAAAGGAUAUGGGAAAGCUAUCAUGAUGGAGGCAGAGCAUAUUGCCAUUGAAAAGCGGAUGUCAUCUAUAUAUCUUUCCACAUUUAAACGAGAAUUCUACAAAAAACUGGGCUAUCGAGAGUGUCAUGCUGUCACAUCUCUAAGUUCUAAUGCAGACAUACUCUCUAAGACGCAGUUAAGAGCUUUAUUAGGCGUAUUCGGUGGGCAUCACCAAAUUAACAACAGUGAUAGAGUCUGGAUGUCAAAAAGACUUGGAUGAGCAGGGAGGUGACAGUCUUGAGACUAAUGUGUGGGGUUGCUAGCUGAUAACAGAAAUUCUUUACUGUUAGCUUUGAAAUCUUUCAGAUGGAUUUGUGACUAGCUGCAACAAAAUUCUCAGGAUUCUACCUGCCGGCUUCAUACUUCCAAUAGCAUUAAA